CCCUUCUCCUCUCCUUUCCUUUCUUCUCAUUGUCCCUUAAAUUAUGGCUUCAUCUUCUACAAAAUCAGCUAUCAAUCCAUUUAAUCAACAUUGGGCCUUUUUUAAGGACAAUUAUUUACCAAGUUACUAUGAACAAGAUAUAGUUUAUCAACAAGAACAAAUUACUUUUAGAUCUCUUUCCCCAAAAAUAGACCAGGAAGAGAAAAAAGACGGUUAUUUUGAUGACGAUAAUGACGAUUCUGAUGCUUUAUAUGAAGCUACUUUAUUAAACUCAAAUUUUUUAUCGUCUAUUGAAGAACAAAAACCAAUUGGAGUAGUAAAUUCAUCAUCGUUAGAUCGUCUUCGUCAAAUAUUAGAUCAUAUAAAACCAACUCCCUCUUGUUAUUCGUCAGCACAUACUAAUAUGACAUUGCCUGAUAUAAAUGACUUACCAUCUAUUCGUUCUCAAUUCUCUUCUUCUUCUUCUUCUAGUCAUCAUCUUUCUGCAUAUCAACACUCGACUACUACUACUACUACUACUACAAUGAGAGAUUUUCCUUUCUCUUCUGAUCCUAAAGGUAAAGGCAAGUUUAAGCCUACUUUAUGAUAACAGAUAUUUGAUUGAUACCC